AUGGCAUCGGCGCAAUCCUUCGAUAUCGAACCAAUUGCUCGAUUCAAUGGGGCUAGCGCUGGCAUUCGAAGGCCAAAGGAGAUAACUUGCUUUUCGUUUGAUGAUCAGCACAAGUACCGCUGGGAUGAUUCUUCUCUACGCUAUUAUCAUCCUCCUACACUACCAGCGGACCUCAAUCGCGGCUUCGACACAUUUCGGGCACUAGACAAUACCCGAGACGAUCAUCUAGAUGGUCUUGUUGAUACCAUUGCGCUGCAUGAGAAGGAGAAAGGAGCAAAGGUCGAUGCAGAUAUCAUUACCUGGCGAGGCAUGAUGACAAAAAUCAUGGCAACACCGUUCUCGAAGCUGGAAAGUUGGGAGAUGAACGCAACAUGCUUUCAGGGCUCUAUUUUCAUAGAAGAGAACCACGCAACAAAGCUCUUCUCAAAGCAGCAGCAAAACCAGCAGAAAAUGCCAGCAGGUACACCUUCGCAAGACAUUAUGGGCUUCUGGGGCUACAAAUUCGAGACUCUCUCCUUAAUCCCGGACACCUGGGACCCCACCUCUAGGGAGUACAUCGAGUCCCGUGAGGACGAAAUCGUCGACAACCACGCUCAAUACUGCUCCAUCGUCCGCACCGGCUUUGGCAAGAUCAAAAUGAUCUUAGGUGGCGAGGUAGAUGCUGUCUGGGACGUCAAACCUACCCACCCCUCCAGCACGGCCAUAAACUACAUCGAGCUCAAAACCGCAGCCAAGAUUCACACCGACCGCGACCAAGUCAAGUUCGAGCGCAAACUCCUCAAAUUCUGGGCCCAGUCCUUCUUACUCGGCGUCCCAAAAAUCAUCGUCGGGUUUCGCACCAAGGAUGGCAUUUUGACAGACCUUGAGGAGAUGGAGACACAGGCUAUACCAGAGAUGGUGAAGAGGGGCAAAGGGCUCUGGGAUGGGAAUACUUGCAUUAAUUUUGCGGCUGCAUUCUUGGAGUGGCUGAAGACGAUCAUAACCGAAGAAGGCGUAUGGCGGAUCCGCAAAGUCGAAAAGUCGUCUCGACUGGACGUUUUCAAGAUCGAGGAGUCGGGACAUGGUGACAUCCUCUCGCGCAACUUUAUGGAUUGGCGGAGUAGUGGUGGGAUGAGAAUGACAUCGAUCGUAUCCACGAGGUGGAAGCCAUAUGGCGACAAGCCUGCCGUGGGCGGCAUCUCGACCGUCUCCAAAUGCUUGCCCGAGUCAGCCUCCCGUGCGCUGGGCUUCGGGAAACCAAGUUCCCCAGCUGAGAGGUGGGCUUUUACUCAUCUACCUUACUCGUCCGUGAAGGAGGUAUACCUGCGCCGUACAGGCACGAAUAAAGCUCGAUCUCCAAGUGGUCAGGCACAAGCACAGUGA